CGAUAAGAUAAGAAUUGCAAAGGUGAAAACACCGACACUAGCCACACCCGUCGGCAGGGGUUCAGUGGCUGCGGCUCCAGGAAUUGCGGGGCAGUAGCUUCAGGGGAGGGGCCUGGUCCGCAGCUUGUCGCAAGCCGAGCAACGUCAGCCUUCCCAGUUGCAACUGACAGGCCCCACUAAAGCUUUCCCCCAACUUCAUCAUCAACACCAUAGCUACCCGUCGAAGCCGAAACCAGGGGACAAGAUGUUGCUGCUCGAUUACCAGAAUGUGCUGAUACAAACGGUGCUCACGGAGCGUUUCUCCGGAGCACCCCCCGUGUCCAUCGACCAGACCGUGUCCGACUUUGACGGCGUCAUCUUCCACAUCUCCACCCCCGACACCAAGACGAAGAUUGUUGUGUCUAUGCAAAUCCGCUGCUACAAGGACCUUGUUCGUUACGGCGCUGAGGAGCUCCUGGCUGAGGAAUAUGGCCCGUAUGUUAUCCCGCCCGAGCCGGGUUAUGACUUUUCCCUCCAGAUCGACCUCGAGAAUCUCCCAGAGGACAAGGAAGCCCGCGAUGCGUUGAUCAUGAAGAUUGCUCUGUUGAAGCGCAAUGCCAUGGCUGCCCCUUUUAAGCAGGCGUACGAGGAGCACUACCACCUGAAGGCCGAGGCGGCCAAGUUCACAUCCGAAGAAGCGCCACAGGGUGUCAAGGAGGGCGGGUCCGUGAAGGCUAUUCAGUACCGUGAGGAGGAGGCGAUCUAUGUCAAGGCCAGUCAUGAUCGCGUCACUGUUAUUUUCAGUACCGUGUUCAGGGAGGAGACGGAUCGCGUGUUUGGAAAGGUGUUCAUCCAGGAGUUUGUGGAUGCCCGCCGGAGAGCUAUUCAGAACGCGCCUCAGGUGCUGUUCAGGAAUGAUCCACCAUUGGAGUUGCAGGGUGUGCCGGGUGUGAAGAAUACCGGCACCGGGGAGAUUGGUUAUGUUACUUUUGUUUUGUUCCCUCGCCACUUGACUCCUCAGCGUAUGAAUGAUGUUAUUUCACAUAUUCAGACCUUCCGCGAUUACUUCCACUACCAUAUCAAGGCCUCCAAGGCUUAUAUCCACACUCGGAUGAGAAGGCGGACGGCAGACUUCCUCCAGGUCCUCCGGAGAGCGAGACCAGAGAACGAAGAAAAGGAGCGCAAGACAGCGAGCGGGAGAACCUUCAAGGCUGGAAACUAGUUUGUUUGGGGCGUGUUUUGGAGUUGAGCGUCUUUUAUGGAUGUUGUGUAUAGGGUAGAGCAAUGCAAGCAACGGUCGGGUGACUAAUUUACAGACAAGACCUUGGAUCGCUGCUCCUUCCCACAUCACUGCGUUACCGCAUCAACCACUGCCACAUCAACACGUUACCCCUUCAUCAUGUCAACACACUACCCCUUGGCCACAGUAAUCCAUUACCCUUUAUAGAAUUGGCGCAUUGCCCCUUC